AUGAGUUUUGCGACGGAGAAUUCUUCUUUUGAGCCUGAAACGACUGAUAUUUUGGAAACAACGGAAGAAACUUUGUUAGAAAACACGACUGAAGUGUAUUUUUCUGAAAUUUCUUCAGAAGUUUCGACAAUAUCGAAUGCUUAUUUAACCGAAGAAACCUCUUUAGAGCCCGCAACAAGCGAUUCUACCGAUAUUCUUAAGACAACAGAAGUAAGUAGCUCCGAAAACUCGACUGAAGAAUCUUCAACGACUGAUUUUCUGACUUCCUUCGCACCAGAAACUUUCACUGCUGUGGAAGAAACUGGCGCAACAACUGAUUUUCAAAGCUCAUCAGAAUCACUCACAACCAGUGGCUAUUCGUUUACUGAUGAAAUUUCUUCGACCGAAUUCAAUACUGAAGAAACCACGGAGACUUUCUUUUCUGCAACUACAGAAGAACCAAUAACAAAAAACCAAACGGAAGAUAAUACUGUGACUUACCCUUAUUCGACGGUAAGCUCAACUGAGAUUCCAAGAACUGAUCUUUCAACAGAAUCGAUGAUAACCACUUCAAACUCAACAGAAACCAUCGAAUCAACCGAGGCGUUCAACUCAUUAGACCCAACUUUUUGGCCAACUGAGGCCUCAACCAGUGAUUUGACCUCAAUCACUGCUGAAUAUCCAACUGCUUCUCAAUCUGGAGCAUAUUCAACUUCAGACAGUUCCAUCACAACCACUGUUCUCACUACAAAAGCUCUAACUGAGACAUCAGAACCACCCUCGUCUCAAUCGACUGAUGGUCCUUUCUCCACAGAAGGCCCGAUAACCACUACUUUUCAAACAACAGAGGCGACAACUCAAGAUCAUUCUACAUUGAAUUGGACGUCUGAAGCUCAGACUCAAGCAACAGCUGCAGCAUCCGAGCUAUCUACUUUGUUCUCGCAAACAACAGCUUUAGAUACUUCAACAGAAGAUUCGACAGAUAAAACAACUAGCUAUGAAGACACUACCGCAAUUUAUACAGGAACAGAAGAACUUUCAACUGAGACACAAUCUUUUGCUACCUUCACAACCGAUCAUUAUUUUACUACUGGAACAAUUGGCCUUUCAACUGAUUCGAUGACUACUUCUCUUGCUCAAACAGAUUUGACAAGCGUUACAUCAGACUACGAGACUUCAUCAGAAGUCCCGAUUUCCUCUUUAACGUCCAUCGAAAUGCUAACUACGAAUGCUUCUGAAUCAACAACAGAAAUUAUCGAACAGACGACGAUUUAUUCUUCAGUAUCAACUGAGUUCACAACCGAGUCGUCUUCAACUGCCUCCUCGUUCACAACUCAGGAAGUCAUCUCAACGACUCAAGCUGAAACACUCCCUUCAACUGGGCAAACAACUGAUUCAGCAACAAUGACGACUGAUCGAUUAUUAACGAGUUCUCAACUUACAACCUCUCUUCCUCAAGUCUCAACGACAGUGAUGACAACGAUGACAACAAUAACCGAUCAAGUUUUAACUACUUUAGAGACAAUAACAGAAGGUACGACAUCAACAACAUCUUCAACUACUUCGACAACAUCAACAACGUCCACAACAACGUCGUCAACGACGUCAACAACAACUUCAACCACCUGGACAACAUCAACCACAACAACAUCAACAACGACUUCAACAACGACUACCACAACAUCAACAACUUCGACGACAACGUCAACAACAACAACAACGACAACAACGACUACAACGACAACUUUACCCCCUCCCGUCUCCUACACUGUCGAAGAUCAAAUCAGCCUUCAAAGCACAGCAUGGAAUGAGGAUUAUUCCGAUUUGACUAACCCGAGCUCCAAAAAGUUGGCAGAGGACAUCGAAGCGGAUGUAAAAAUCAUCUUGGAAGCUGAUUCCAGUUCAAUUGAAAAAGUUACUGUUUCCGUUCAAAGCCUUGAGCCAGCUCAAAGCCGAGAUGGUGGUACUACGGCAAAAUUUCAAGUAACAGGAGAAAUGAGAGGAUCGGAUGAUGAAUUUAUUGCUGCUUACAACUACAGGUUCGAAAACGCGAACGUUUUUCCGCUAAAAGUCAUCGAACGAGCUGACCUAGCCAACAAGCAACCAAUAUCUAGCGACAAUUUUGUCGUUGAUGAAAACACGUUAAUGAUCAUAAUCAUCGCCGUCUCAAUCGCAGCAUUUAUUCUCAUCGUUGUCAUCGUCACGUCGGUUUGCUGCUAUUGCCGGCACAAAAGAAAGAAGGAUGAUAUGAAAAACGACCGUCUUUCAACACUAGACCGAGGUCCCAUUGAAGAUGGUUUCUUUUAUAGAAUCGAGAAUGGAAUCAGAAUAUCUACUCCGACCGAAAGGCUAAUUUAA